GGAAAUUUGAGUAUAAAGUCAUGCCAAGUCUCCAGUCGUUCACCUUGUUGGAUAGUAAGACACUUGUCCAGUCAGGUUCAAUCAGAUUCCGUUUCAAGAUGAAGUUCGAAAGCACUGCUCCUAUUGUAGCCCUAGCCGCUCUUCCUUUCGCUUCAGCAUGGGGAAACUUGGGUCAUGAAACAGUGGCGUAUAUUGCAACAAACUUUGUCAGCAGUACAACCAAGACUUAUUUCCAGAACAUCUUGGGAGACACCACGACAGAUUAUCUAGCCAACGUUGCAACAUGGGCUGAUACUUAUCGAUACACCACAGCUGGCGAAUAUUCAGAGCCCUACCACUUCAUUGAUGCCAAUGACAAUCCUCCAACGAGCUGUGGUGUUGAUUACGAUCGUGACUGCGACAGUGCUGGUUGCGUUGUCAGUGCAAUCAACAACUAUACCACUCGUGUUCAAGAGACUAGUCUGAAGUCAUCUGAACGUAUUAUUGCUGCUAAGAUGAUCAUCCAUUUCGUCGGUGACAUCCAUCAACCCCUCCACGAUGAGAACCUAGACGUUGGAGGAAACGACAUCGACGUCACCUACGCCGGCACCUCAACCAAUCUCCACCACAUCUGGGAUACCAACAUGCCCGAACAACUCGUCGGCGGCUACACCCUCGCGGACGCCAAAACCUGGGCCGCGAACCUCACAACCGGCAUCAAAACCGGGACCUAUAAAUCCUCCGCUUCAAGCUGGCUCACCGGUAUGGAUCUCUCUGAUCCGGUCAGUAGCAGCAUGAUCUGGGCCCAGGACAGCAAUGCGUAUGUUUGCACGACCGUCAUGCCCAAUGGAGUUAGCUCGGUUGAGAAUGUUGACUUGAGUGGGGACUACUAUGACACGGCUAUCCCGGUGAUCGAGGAGCAGAUUGCGAAGGCGGGGUAUAGGUUGGCGGCGUGGUUGAAUCUGAUUGCAACGGGGAGUACGGGGUUGUGAGGGAUGAGAGGGAGAAAUAGCGGUUGUUGAAGUUAGUUGGUUGUUUUGUUUUAAUGUCUGAGAUGAGAAAUGAAUAAGAAUGAGUUCUGGUAAACUUUUUAGACGC